AAAGUCGCCAUUAAUCGGAGUGAAUCGUGGGCCAAUCAGAACGCAGGCUGCUCGCCGUCCCACCAGUACUCAGGAGCACAGGACCGGGAAAGCCAGGGAGAGGCGGACAAAUAGGCUAUACCCCCCGGAAUGGCAAGAGGGUGGAACUGAAACAUGCCCUCAUCAGAUGACGGGGUGGGGAAGGAAACCAUCCCCCAACAAAUCAAGGCUCAAGCUACCCCUAAUCCCGCCCUUCCAGUUCCGGCAGAGGAGGGAAAUUGACUACAACUCCCAGCCCCGCCCCCGCUUCCGGGGUGGGCGGGGCCCAUGAUGAGAGGGCAUGCCCUAGGGGUGUGGCUGGGAGCAUGACGUAUAGCUGGAGGUGUGGCCGCGGCCAGGAGGGAGGAAGCAGUGGGGCGCAGCCGGGUCCCGUAGGGGCUGUGAGGGUUGCAGCAGCAGGAUCAACGGAAGCACCCCAGAGCCCCCAUGCGACAGCCAUGAGGGUGUGACCCCGCCCCCCCCCCCCCAGCCAGGAGUGUGAUACUAAAGGCCAUGGUCCAGGUGCCCAUCUCCAUGGCCUCGUGGCUGCUGCUGCUGCUGCUGGUGGGGGGCAGCUGUGUUGAAGCCCCAUACCUGAGCGUGGGUGAUGGCAGCACCCUGGAGUUCGAGUUCCCUGAGCGCAGCCGUGGCAUCAUGGUGGUGUCCAGUCGCUAUGGGGGCAACAGCACUAGCACCGGGCAGCCGCAGCUGCGUGUGGCCUCACUGGCCCCAGAUGUGCUGGCAGUGGAGAACAUCAGCGCCCUUUGCUGCGGUGCCAGCGGCUUCCUGGUGGCCAUCCGCUCGGGGCCAGCUGGCCUGGCCCCACUUCAGCUGCGGCUGCUGGACCGCCAGCACCUGGUGGAGGAGCGCUGUGACUACCGGGUGCGAGUGGCAGCUGCUGUGGUCCCAGUCCCAGCGCUGGGCCACUUCUCAGAGAACCCAGUGCUGUACGCACUGCUGCCCCUCAUCUUCCUCAAUAAGUGUGCCUUCGGCUGCAAGGUAGAGGCUGAGGCACUGCGGGGCCUGGCCCGCCGCCCCCAGCCCGUGCUGCUGGGCAUCGUGGGCCAGUUUGUGGCCAUGCCUCUGUAUGGCUAUCUGCUGUCGUGGGCCCUGGCACUGCCCCAGGGCCUGGCACUGGGACUGGUCAUCACCUGCUCCUCACCAGGUGGAGGUGGUGGCUACCUCUACAGCCUGCUGCUGGGUGGGGAUGUCACGCUGGCCAUCUCCAUGACGCUGUUGUCCACUGUGGCGGCUGCAGGGCUUAUGCCGCUGUCAUGGGCACUGUACGGGCGGCUGCUGAGUGCCCCACCAGGCCUGCAUGUGCCUGUGGGCAAGAUCCUAGGCACACUGCUCUUCAUCGCUGCACCUAUCUCGACUGGCAUUGUGAUAAAGUGCAAGCUGCCACGUGUCGCCAGGUUGCUGCUGCUGCUUCUCAAGCCCUUCAGCUUUCUGCUCCUGCUUGGGGGCCUGGCCAUGGCCUACCACAUGGGCGCUGUCAUCCUGGCUGAGGCACAGGCGCCCGUGGUGCUGGCCGGCCUCACCGUGCCAGCUGUGGGGCUCCUGUUGGGCUACGGGUUGGCAGCUGGGCUGGGGCUGCCAGGCCCUCACCGCCGAACUGUAGCCAUCGAGGUAGGGGUGCAGAAUAGCCUGCUGGCCCUGGCUGUGUUGCAGCUCUCUUUCCGGCGCCGUCAGGCAGACAUGGCUUCCCAGGCACCCUUUGUCGUGGCCCUCAGUGGCACCUCUGAGAUGAUGGUACUCGUCCUGGGGAAUCUCCUCUACCAGCGCCUCUGGCCCCCACCCGGCCCCUGAGACCUGCCCAACAGUAGCUAGUUCCCAGCAGCAGUGCCCCCACUACUCUCCCAAUCCUGAGGCCCUGGAGCCAAGAACCAAAGGAGAAAACGGAGGGACCCUCUAUUUUUCUACUGCUGUGUUUUCUAGUCCAUCAGCCAUGACCCUGCUCCAGGCACAGAGCAGGGGGACUGGGGUAGUUCUAGAAUGGGAAUAAGCCAGGCAUGGGGCCCCCUCCACCCUGGUUCUGGGGGAGUGGCUGGAAAAGAGAAUGCAAGCAACAUGCUGUGGCUGGAGGCUUUAGGGAGGGGCUGGAGUAGACAGCAGGCUUUGGGACCUUAUUAGUUAAUGAAGGGGAAACAGGGCAGCUGAAGUGUCACUCACUUCUGAUCUGCAGCCCCCUGCCUGUGUCCCUCACUCCCCACCUGUAGCCCCCUGCCUCAUCCCAGCUCUGCCUCACUCCCCUGUAGCAGGUGCUCCACCCUUCUGGCACAAAGGAGUGUUGCCCCUGCUCAGGGCAGGGUGCUUGGCCCUCAUCCUGGAUGAGUGGUAGGAGGAGGGCUGGCAGGUGCAAGGACAAGUAAACCCCCCUAUCCCCCUCCGGGCAGGCCUGAGUCUAGCUGGCCCCCACUCCCUCUUGCAGAUGGAAAAUGUGAAAACUUGGCCUCUUUCCCCUACUCCCAUUGCCACUGGGCUUGGGGAGAGAUGGGAGGAGCUGUGGAGUGGGGUCACAGCCAUGUUCUGGGAUGGGUGGGCUUGGGGGUGCUGCAGGAGGGGAGGGGAAACAGCAGGGGCCUGUGAGUCAGGAAUGAGAGUCACUGGCAGGACUUGGAGCUGGAGUGUAAGAGGGCAUCAGGUCUGGGUUGGCUGUAACCAGCUAGUUUGGCUGAUAUUGAUGAAAAUCUAUUUUUCUA